GUUGUGGCGUCCUUGCUUGAAGUACUGAGAAUGGGAUCCCAGUAUUAGACUAGAUGUGCGUCGGGUUGAUUGUUAUUAAUAAACUACAAACUCUAGCUAGCUACAGAAGCAAUGAGUACUAAAAUAAUUCGAGGCCCGAUGAUGCGAGCAACUAUGAAACACCAUGAAGCAACAACCCAACAAUCUACCGCAGCACUGCAUGAACAAGCAAGAGCAACGGCCUCAGCGAUCACCAGUGAAGCGACUACGGGGCCGUGGGAACAAAACCUUUAACCUUUUAAAACUCUGGUACGACACCGGUACCGGUUCGUCAGAGGGGGUUCUCGAAGGUUCUUGAAGUCUUGCCAACUGGUGCCAAGUGCCAAGAAGGAUCUGAUCCGACGGGAAAAGGGAAAGGCAAGCAAGGAAGCACGAAACCGCUGCCAAAGAAAGAUUGAGACGGACAUGGUUACAAGUGAGCAUACACCAAGAAACAAGCAACAGAGCGCUUGAGUUAGUUGUCAUUGAUUUGACAAAUAGAUUCGGUCAAUAAACGCAAAAAGGCAAAGCAAGAAGAAACAAGAACAGCAGCAGUCUGCAGAAUCAAAAUGGAUCCUUCCGUCAAGCAAAACGUGCUUUCCAUGCUGGCCACAUUGGUGUACAUCAAGGUGAUUGUGGGAGCCUGCGACUGGUCCUUACUGCACACCAACAUGCCAUCAGACAUAUCCAGGAAGAUCAUUCACAUCAGCGCCUGCUCGUGGUGUUUAUUUUGGCCCCUGUUUGAUACGUCGCACUGGACCUGGCAACUCAAUGUGGCCAUUCCAUUUGCCUAUUCGAUUCAACUGGCCGUCAAGGGUGCCAUUAUUCGCGACAAACAUGACUCAGAUGUCAAGACCAUGUCCCGCACGGGUGAUCCAUCCGAACUGCUGUAUGGACCACUCCUGUUUACACUGAUCAUGCUCUUUUGUGGUCUUUACGAAUUUCGGACGACCGUUGGAACCUACAUUAUGGGAUCCUUGGUGGGAGAUGGAAUUGCUCCCGUGGUCGGCAAGAGAUGGCCGAUUGGAAAAUAUCCCACCAUGGGCCGGAACGAAUACAAAACACUAUCGGGGUCCUUGGGCAUGUUCGUGGGUUGUAUGGUGGGCAUUGUGUGUUACCAAAAAGUGUUGGGAGCACCGUCGCAGCUCGAUAUGGAAUCGGUCAUGCAAAUUGCGUUCCUGGCGACAGUAGCAGAAGCUCUGACGGGAAAAUGGGACAAUCCAGCUAUUGCAUUUACGGUGUAUUGGUUUGCCAAAGCCACAGACUUUACAAUCAGCAUUUAGAAAACAAAUAUUGGCUGCCAGUCAGCAACAAUAACCAGUUCCUUUUCAAAGGAUCUAUCGGAUGGCUCAAGUUGUCAACCGGCAAGAACAAACCACUGCUAUAAACCAACACAUGUGCUGAGCCCAACCAACCCAGUAAUUUUUCGUUAUGUUGCCUUGUCACAAGACAGCAACAUCAGCCCAAUCUCGUAAUCGUUUGCAUUCUCGAGAGGCUAUUCCGGCUGAGCAACACAAUAAGAAUUAUAGAGUUAUCUUGACAU